AUGUGGGGCCGCUCGCGGCCUUGCAGGAGGGUAGUAGCAGCAGCAACUACUGCACUUGCUGCUGCGGGUGCUGCUGCAGCGCCAGCUGCUGCAGCACCCGCAGCAGGUUGCCCUCUGGGGUGUGCAUGCAGGGUGCUUCUGAGCCAGCCUUCCAAAGGCCUCCGGGGGCUCAUUCUGCAGGAGCGUUUCCCUUUGCAGCAGCAGCAACGGGUUGUGGGCUCUUUUCCUCCAAGCCUGCUCUACGCUGCUCCUGCUACUGUCCCCGCUACUGCUGCUGGUGAUACUGCUGUAGGUUGGUUCCCAUCACUUUGUUCUUGCUCCCGUUUUUCGACAGCAGCAGCGGUCCCCCAGACAUCAUCCGUGAACGAAGGAGGAGCAGCAGCGGGGGGAGCAAGAGCAGCAGCAGCGGGAGGAGCAGGAACAGCAGCAGGGAGCGGAGCAGACGCAGCGUCAACUGGAGGAGCGGGAGCAGCAGGAGCGGCAGGACGGGAGAGUUGCUGGUGGUUGCAAGGUUUGCUGCGCUGGCGUCUGGGCCGCCGCAGCUGGAAGCGGCAGCUGCAACGGCAGCGGGAUCAAGAGAAGGAGAAGAUCGUUAGACUUCCUUUGGGGGUAUCAGUUGCUCUUGAGGCACCUAUCCCCUGCUGCAGCAGGCUUAAGAGAGAUGUGCUGCUGAAUGCUGCUGCUGCGUUGCUGCUGUUUGCUGCCAGCGACGUCAUGGCCCAGCACCUGCAACAUACACAGGCCCAUAAACUGCAGCAGCAACAGCAGCAGCAACAACACUCGCAGCAGCAGCAACAACAAGAGCAACACCAGCAAAACCACCCACGACUGCAACAUCAUCAUCAACAGCAACAGCAGCAAGAGUGUGGAGCAGCACAUAUCCCCCCUCCUCUCAGCAGCACUUUGCGACAGCUGGAUAUGGGCCGAACAGUUGCUGUGGGGUUGGAGGGCGUCAUUGUGAAUGCGCUGCUGCUGACACCGAUGUACCACAAGCUCGAAGCAAUGCUAGCCCAUAACAACGCCCCACUCAAGCGCAGCAGCAGAAGCAGCCGAAGCAACAACAGCAAAGGUGUAACAUCCGGCCGGUUGGCCUCUGGGCAACGCAUGAGUGCUGCCGCUACUGUGGCAGGACCUGGCGCAGCAUCGACCGCAACAGCAGCAGCCGCAGCAGCAGUACAGCAGCAGCGCAUGCGGGCAAGCCGCAUGCUGUGGUUGUUGAGCUUUUAUCAAGUGCUGGCGGUGCAGAUUGUUGCAAUGCCUUUUAGUUCCUUUUCUUUUCUCUUUAUGACUCCACUUCUCCGCUUCGCCUGUUCUAAAGUCUUUAAGAACACCAGCCAGCAGCAGCAACAGCAGCAAGCUCGUUUGGAGGCAGGCGGCCAGCAACUGCAGCAGCAGACGCUAGGGCAGCAGCAGCUGCAGACACAGCCGCAACCCGAGCAGCACGAAGAACAACAGCAGCAGGAACAGCAGCAGCAGCAAGCUUUGAGGUGUUGGGCGAGCUCUGCCCCUGCAACAAGUUGCUGGGCUGCUGUGGUGGAGGGUGCGGAAGCAGUUCGGUGUCACUUUCGAGAAAUUUACGUUGCGAGUCUCAUUGUGUGGCCAUUGUCGGACUUAAUAAACUUCAGGUUCGUGCCGUUGGCGCUGCGGCCUGCAUGGGACUCGUUGUUAGAUUUCGUGUGGGCUGUCUAUCUCUCCUAUGCUGCGCAUUCUGCUCCAGCACCGCUGCUGCAGCAAGAGCAGCAAAUACCAAACGAAGCAGCAGCAGGACCAACAGGUACCGCUGCUGCUGCUGCCCCUCACUGA